AUGAGUCACUCUACGUCUGUUCGGCCCGCCACUAAGAAGGAUAUCCCUGCCAUCCUUGGCUUUAUCAGGGACCUUGCCAUUUACGAAAAGGCCCUGGACCAGGUCGAGGCGACCGAGGAGUCUCUCGAGGAGACGAUCUUUAACCGUCAAUACGCCCAUGUGCUGAUUGCCGAGCUGGAAGAUGCCACGGUCGGUCCGAAACCGAUCGGCAUGGCCCUGUACUACUACGCGUACUCGACGUGGACGUCGCGCCGCACGCUCUUCCUUGAGGACCUCUUCGUGCAGCCCGAGCACCGCAACCUUGGUGUCGGCAAGCGCCUCUUUAAGCAUCUCGGCGACGUUGCCAAGAAGGAGGACUGUCCCCGUGUCGAGUGGAACGUGCUGACCUGGAACGCACCCUCGAUCGCGUUCUACAAGGAGACGCUCGGUGCCGAGAUGCUCGAAGAGUGGCGCGGUAUGCGUCUCGAAGGAGACGGCAUCGACCGCCUGCAGCAGCUCUCCAAGGCCGAGAAGAAGUACGGCGCGAUCUGA